CCGCAGCCCCGCCCCCUCCGCGGCAGCUGUGCUGGGCUCCCGGACAGUCCACCCCGACCGCACAAGCUCCGCCAACCCCACGCCCCCUGCGUCCAUCCCACCUCCCCGCUCCUGUCUCAGCGCCGCCCACACUGACGAGCCGGUGCAGCUGCUCACCACGGGGCUCCGUCCUCAGCUUCAGGACCGGGGCCGCCGCCCCCACCCGGCACACGGGAGGACGCGGCUAGCCUGCGAGACAGCAGCGCAGCACAGCAGAGGGUCCGGCAGCCACGUGGCGUCCCCGGACGGACGGCUCACAGAGCGCCAUCUGUGCCAGCCACUUCCUGCCCGCUGCCGCCUUCGUCUCUGCAAGACCAUGGGUGUGAACUCACUUGAAAAACUGCGAAAAACAAAAUUUCAUUAUCCGCUAGCUAUGAACCAGAGGACGGACUCCAGGAGGGCCCUGUCCCGGGAGGACCCGGCCGUGUGGUGGGGGCAGGCGCCCUGCACCCCGAGCACAGGCCCUCGACGGCAAGCGCAGCCCCGCUGUCUGCACGACCUUGAGGCGGGUCCUCACCUCUGCGCUCUCCACUAUUCAGCGAAACGGUGGGCGAGGGAAGCUACUCAGGAGGACCCGCUGGAGGUCAAAGCAGAGGCCGCCUGGAGCCGCCUGGAGCCACGUGCCCCCACGCGCAGGUCGGGGCAGGCUCUGCGCCCUCUGGCCGCGGCUUCGCCCCCACGGGCGACGCUGGGUCACCUCCCCGCCGCCUCAGUCCUCACGAUGCCACACGCCCGGAGGCAGACGUCCCGCGCCCCGGCCCGCUCCCCUGACGCGCCCUCCUCCCCAGUGACAUCCUGCCACCCGGCCAGCGCCAGGACCCAGCAACAAGGCCGCCGGCUCCACGGGCCCCCAAGUCCUGGCGGCGACGCUCCCGCUGAGACACCUCUCCUGCCUUAUUCCUCUGCCACCCUGCUGGGUCAGCCCGGCCUCCUCCCUUCCGGCCCGUUGCACCGCGGGCCCAGCCUCCCCCAGCAGCCGACCCUCUGGGGAACCUUGCAGCCAGGCCGCCCGGCAAGGGGCGUGACAGCUUCACAGGAAAGGGCUGGGAUGGGCGUGGGGUGGCGGGGGGAGGAGGCACGUUAUAGAUACAUGGCCUCCAGCAGCAGGGACAAGGCCGCGGGCAUGACCCCUCCUCCGCAGCCCGCUCAGGCUGCACGGGAGCCCAGGGUCACGGCCCAAGCCGGCCCGGACACCACGCCGGGGGCCUUCACCGGAAGUGGGCACCAGAGGGUACGGAGCCAGGUCCUUCCCCCGCCUCCACGAGGUCAGAGCCCUCAGGCCGGGGUGCGGGCCAGGCGGGAGCGGGCGUGCAUGAAGGCCACGGCAGAACACAGUGCCAGCCAAACAGCACUGCUGAACCGUGUAACUUAUAAAUAA